AUGGACCAACUCUGGUCCAACAUCGUGGAAUCCUACUCUCCACAAUCCAUCGAAUUCAUAGGCACCCUCGCCAUCCAAAUCCUCACCUUCUGGAUCCCCUCCCUCUGCUACCUCCUCCUCGACAUCCUCUUCCCAACCUUCUCCCACCGCCACAAGAUCCAACCCGCCGCCAAACAACCCACCCGCCAAACAAUCCUCCACUGCUUCUACAUCGUCGCCCGCAACCAACUCCUCACCUCCCUCCUCCACCUCUUCCAAAUCCACCUCCUCCACCACCAACCCUACCGCAUCACCUCGUCCCUCCCUUCCCUCCCCUCCCUAGUCUACGACUUCAUCCUCAGUCUCCUCCUCCGCGAAAUCCUCUUCUACUACACCCACCGCCUCCUCCACCACCCGUCCCUAUACAGCCAGAUCCACAAAGUCCACCACAAAUUCACAGCCCCGAUCGCGCUGUCCGCUCAAUACGCGCAUCCCAUCGAACAGGUGCUCGCUAAUGUGUUGCCCAUCGCCCUCCCGCCGCAGAUCCUGCGUAGCCAUGUCGUGACCUUCUGGGUGUUUCUGGGGUACGAGUUGCUGGAGACGGGGAUGGUGCAUAGCGGGUUUGAUUUCUGGGGCGUGGCUAGGAUGCAUGAUUUGCAUCAUGAGCGGUUUCGGGUUAAUUUUGGGGGGUUGGGGGUGUUGGAUUGGGUUCAUGGCACUCUUGGUGUAGGGGGGUUGGAGGGGGUGAUGGAGAGGAAGGGGGAUUAG